CAGGAUGAGAUCGAAGAGCUGCGGGCUGAGAUGCUGGAAAUGCGGGAUGUCUACAUGGAGGAAGACGUGUACCAGCUACAGGAGCUGCGGCAGCAGCUGGACCAAGCCAGCAAGACCUGUCGCAUCCUGCAGUACCGACUGCGGAAAGCUGAGCGCCGCAGCCUCCGUGCUGCCCAGACAGGCCAGGUGGAUGGUGAGCUCAUCCGUGGUCUGGAGCAGGACGUCAAGGUCUCUAAGGACAUCUCCAUGCGGCUCCAUAAGGAGCUGGAGGUGGUGGAGAAGAAGCGGAUGAGGCUGGAGGAGGAGAACGAGGGGCUUCGGCAGAGGCUCAUCGAGACGGAGUUGGCCAAGCAGGUGCUGCAGACGGAGCUGGAUCGUCCCAGAGAGCAUUCCUUGAAGAAAAGAGGAACCCGAUCUCUGGGGAAGACAGAUAAGAAGCCCACUGCACAGGAGGACAGCGCAGAUCUGAAAUGCCAGCUGCAUUUUGCAAAGGAGGAGUCGGCCCUCAUGUGCAAGAAGCUCACCAAGCUGGCCAAGGAGAACGACAGCAUGAAAGAGGAGCUGCUCAAAUACCGCUCCCUCUAUGGGGACCUGGACGCAGCCCUGUCCGCAGAAGAACUGGCUGAUGCUCCGCACUCGCGUGAGACAGAGCUGAAGGUGCACCUGAAGCUGGUGGAGGAGGAGGCCAACCUGCUGAGCAGGCGCAUCGUGGAGCUGGAGGUGGAGAACCGGGGCCUCCGGGCCGAGAUGGACGACAUGAAGGACCAUGGGGGCGGUGGGGGCCCCGAGGCCCGGCUGGCUUUCUCUGCUCUCGGUGGUGAGUGCGGGGAGAGCCUGGCCGAGUUGCGGCGCCACCUGCAGUUCGUGGAAGAGGAGGCUGAACUGCUGAGGCGCUCCUCGGCAGAGCUGGAGGACCAGAACAAGUUGCUGCUGAACGAGCUGGCCAAAUACCGUUCUGAGCACGAGCUGGACGUGACGCUGUCGGAGGACAGCUGCUCGGUGCUCAGCGAGCCCUCGCAGGAGGAGCUAGCAGCUGCCAAACUGCAGAUCGGCGAGCUCAGUGGCAAGGUUAAGAAGCUGCAGUAUGAGAACCGCGUUCUCCUCUCCAACCUGCAGCGCUGCGACCUGGCCUCCUGCCAGAGCACACGCCCCAUGCUGGAGACAGAUGCCGAGGCCGGGGACUCUGCACAGUGUGUGCCUGCCCCUCUGGGCGAGGCGCUGGAGCCCCACACUGCCCGGCUCUGCAGGGCCCGCGAGGCUGAGGCGCUGCCUGGGCUGAGGGAGCAGGCCGCCCUGGUGAGCAAGGCCAUCGACGUCCUGGUGGCUGAUACCAAUGGCUUCUCGGUUGGCCUCCGCCUAUGCCUGGACAACGAGUGUGCAGACUUGCGGUUGCACGAGGCGCCUGAUAACAGCGAGGGCCCCAGGGAUGCCAAGCUCAUCCAUGCCAUCCUGGUGCGGCUGAGCGUGCUGCAACAAGAACUGAACACUUUCACACGCAAGGUGGAUGUGGCCUUAGGGAGCUCCGGCAAGGAGCAGCCUGAGUCCUUCCCUGCGCUGCCCGCCUUGGGCUCCCAGGGGCCCUCUAAGGAGAUCAUACUGGCCAAAGACCUUGGCUCCGACUUUCAGCCAUCUGACUUCAGAGACUUGCUGGAAUGGGAGCCUAGGAUCCGAGAGGCCUUCCGUGCUGGUGACUUGGACUCCAAGCCUGACCCCAGUCGGAACUUCAGGCCUUAUCGAGCUGAAGAUAAUGAUUCCUAUGCCUCUGAGAUCAAGGAGCUUCAGCUGGUUCUGGCCGAGGCUCACGACAGCCUCCGGGGCUUGCAAGAGCAGCUGUCCCAGGAGCGGCAGCUCCGGAAGGAGGAGGCUGACAGCUUCAACCAGAAAGUAGUCCAGCUGAAAGAAGACCAGCAGAGAGCGCUGCUGAGGCGGGAGUUCGAGCUGCAGAGUCUGAGCCUCCAAAGGAGGCUGGAGCAGAAAUUCUGGAGCCAGGAGAAGAACAUACUGGUCCAGGAAUCCCAGCAGUUCAAGCACAACUUCCUGCUGCUCUUCAUGAAGCUCAGAUGGUUCCUGAAGCGCUGGCGGCAGGGCAAGGUUCUGCCCCACGAGGAGGAUGACUUCCUGGAGGUGAACAGCAUCAAGGAACUGUAUCUGCUGAUGGAGGAAGAAGAGAUGAAUGCCCAACACUCGGAUAACAAGGCCUGCACUGGGGACAGCUGGACCCAGAACACGCCUAACGAGUACAUCAAGACCCUGGCCGACAUGAAGGUCACACUGAAGGAACUGUGCUGGCUGCUCCGGGACGAGCGUCGGGGUCUGACUGAACUUCAGCAGCAGUUCGCCAAGGCCAAGGCUACGUGGGAGACGGAGCGGGCAGAGCUCAAGGGCCAUGCCUCGCAGAUGGAGCUGAAGGCUGGGAAGGGCGCCAGCGAGAGGCCCGGGCCUGACUGGAAGGCUGCACUGCAGAGGGAGCGCGAAGAACAGCAGCACCUCCUGGCCGAGUCCUACAGCGCCGUCAUGGAGCUGACGCGGCAGCUGCAGAUGAGCGAGCGCCACUGGAGCCAGGAGAAGCUGCAGCUGGUGGAGCGGCUGCAGGGCGAGAAGCAACAGGUGGAACAGCAGGUGAAGGAGCUGCAGAACCGCCUCAGUCAGCUGCAGAAGGCUGCCGAACCCUGGGUCCUGAAGCACUCAGACCUGGAGAAACAAGACAGCAGCUGGAAAGAGACACGAAGUGAGAAGACCCACGACAAGGAGGGUGUUUCUGAAGCUGAGCUUGGGGGAACCGCCUUAAAGAGGACCAAAUCAGUUUCCUCCAUGUCUGAGUUUGAAAGUUUGCUCGACUGUUCCCCCUACCUUGCUGGUGGAGAUGCCCGGAGCAAGAAACUGCCCAACAGCUCUGCUUUUGCCUUUGUGAAUACCGAACCGGUGGAGCCUGAAAAAGACUCCAAGGAAAAGUCUGGGCUUUCCACCCGGGACUGCAGCCGUGUGGGUACCCUGGCCUGCCAGGAGCCUGCAGGGAGGCAGAUGCAGCGCAGCUACACUGCUCCAGACAAGACAGGCAUACGAGUCUACUAUAGUCCCCCAGUGGCCCGGCGCCUGGGUGUCCCUGUGGUCCAUGACAAGGAGGGCAAGAUCCUCAUUGAACCAGGCUUCCUCUUUACCACAGCCAAGCCCAAGGAGUCAGCUGAGGCAGAUGGACUGGCUGAGAGUUCCUAUAGCCGGUGGCUUUGCAACUUCUCCCGGCAGCGCCUGGAUGGAGGAUCUGGGGGCAACACCUCGGGUUCUGGACCUGCUUUCCCGGCAGCCCUGCAUGACUUUGAGAUAUCGGGCAACAUGAGCGAUGACAUGAAGGAGAUCACCAACUGCGUGCGGCAGGCCAUGCGCUCUGGCUCGCUGGAGAGGAAGGUAAAGAGCACAUCCAGCCAGACGGUGGGCCUGGCCAGUGUGGGCACACAGACCAUUCGGACAGUCAGUGUGGGCCUGCAGACUGACCCGCCCCGCAGCAGCCUCCACAGCAAGAGCUGGUCACCCCGCAGCUCCUCGCUCAUGUCAGUACGCAGCAAGCAGAUCUCCUCCUCCCUGGACAAGGUCCACUCGCGCAUUGAGCGGCCAUGCUGCUCACCCAAGUAUGGCUCACCCAAGCUCCAGAGGCGAUCAGUGUCCAAGCUGGACAGCACCAAGGACCGCAGCCUGUGGAACCUGCAUCAAGGCAAGCAGAAUGGCUCUGCCUGGGCCCGCUCCACAACCACGCGGGAUAGCCCGGUGCUGAGGAACAUCAACGAUGGGCUGUCCAGCCUUUUUAGCGUGGUGGAGCACUCAGGGAGCACUGAGUCUGUCUGGAAACUGGGCAUGUCUGAGGCCCGAACCAAGCCCGAACCUCCCAAGUAUGGCAUUGUACAGGAGUUCUUCCGGAACGUGUGUGGCCGGGCCCCGAGCCCCACUACCGCAGCAGGAGAUGAGAGUUCCAAGAAACCAGAACCUCUUUCCCCUGCCAGCUACCAUCAACCUGAGGGCGUAGCCAGGAUCCUGAAUAAGAAGGCAACCAAGGCAGGUGGUAGUGAAGAGGUCAGACCCACCAUGCUUUCCCAGGUGGGGAAGGAUGGUGUCCUUCGGGAUGGAGAUGGAGCCUUAAUUCUUUCCAGUGAGGAUGCUGUUUGUGACUGUAGUGCCCAGUCUCUGACCUCCUGCUUCGUCCGGCCAUCCCGCAACACUAUCCGACACUCUCCUUCCAAGUGCAGGCUGCAUCCUUCAGAGUCAGGCUGGGGCGGGGAGGAGAGGGCAGCCCCCCAGUGAGUCACAGGGCAGCCAAGCUCCCCGCCUCAAGCAGCCUAGACCCUGGAGAUGAGGCAAGGGGUCACGUCCUCAGCCUCGCUCUGCCUGGGAGGAACAGCAGCUAUGCCACUGCCAGAGAAGAGCUUUUCAAGGUAAAGCAGGGUGUCCCACUGACUGCUGGGAGGUGACCUCUGAUUUCCAGGGGAAGGCAGUGACUAGGAGAAAAGACCAACCUGGGUGAUCAGGACUGGGCUUCCCAAGCACCUGAAGAAUGCCACAAGUCAUCUCUGGAUCCUAAAAGGAGGCCUGGCACCAUCCACAUCACUUCUUAGGAUCCAGAAAAGGAGGCAUUUCUGGCUAAUCUCCAGGAAUGUGGCUCACAGAGAUACACCCUACUGACCUCAUGUGGAGAAGCCACUGAGAAGAUUGAGCUUUGCUUCGGGCCCAGCUUGACGCUCUUGGAAGAGCUGGGCUGGGCAAUGUGACCAUCGCUUCAUCGUUCCUCCUCCCAGCUCUGCUGAUGGGGUUGCUGGGCCUUCUUGGAGCAGGGAAGGGGGAUAUGAUAGAGCAGAACCAAGUCCACUUGGAAUCCUGGAGCCCUGGAUCCCCCUGCCUGUACCUCCACGUAGCAAAAACUGGGGGCAGGUAAGAGUGUGUCAGGUUCCGAGUUGGAGGUCAGAAGAGCUGACUCCCUUGUCAAGGUGGCUUGAAGGCCCAACUUGCAUAGCAGACUCCUUGAAAACAGAAAUGGGUAGGGUCCCUCUCAACACCUGAUUCAGAAGUAAAAGCCUACAUGCCUUGCCUUGAUUCCCUAGGGCCUCUUUCUUGGUAGCAGGGAUGAGUGCCACAAUCCUGCAUCAAGGAGGGGGCAGAAAUGCUCCCUGGGAGAGACUCUGCUGUUCAGGUCAGGCCAGAGAGCACCAAGAGGCCAUCGGCCCAGGACACAGCCCGAGACAAGGGCCUACAAACAUUUCUUGCCUAGAUUGUUUAUUUGAAUUUUUCAUACUAUAAAUAUUUAAGGUGAUUUAUUUUAAUAAUUUAACUUACUGCCCCCCCCCCCAGCCCUUAAGGUAAUUUAUUGGAGGUAUUCUUGCCACUGGGACAACGUGGGGCUUGUGACACCAUGGAGUCCCCAUGUGGCUGAGGCAGCUCAGCACCAGGCUCAGAUGGCCUGGUUUCGUCAGAAGGGCCCCUUGGCUGAACUGGGGCUCUGCACCUUGUUCCCCCAAUACCACUGGCCAUUUAGUCUUGGAUGGCUACAAUUUACUCAUCACCCGGUACUCGGCCUGGCCGCUACAGGCCAGCUUGUGAAUACUUCAGACAAGGUGUAGGCCAGAAUGAUGCCAUCACUCCGCAGACAUCCUUCAUGAUCCCUCGCAUCCCUCCCAGUCCUCCAGCACCUUUUCUCACAAGUCAGACGUAGAUGACUGCAGCUCUGUUCCCGAGCACAGCGACCCCUCCGUGCUCCAUAUAAGAACUCGCAGGGAAACAGGAUGGAUUUCUAGAAUGUUCUCUAUUGCAGCUUUGCACAUGGAUCUAAGAGUGUCUACCAGCCUGCCAACCUGUUCACCAGCCCUUCUCUUAGCCUUAUAGCCACUCAUGGCUCGUCUUCUAGCCCCAGCUCUACUACCCGUCCUUCCUACACUCCCAGGAGUCGCCUGAGCCACACCAGUGUAACCCGAACUGCAAUAUAGGGAGCUCACCUGCCUCCCCUUGGUGCCAAUGAUGUGCUGCCCUUCUCUUCCUGGCUGGGGAUUCGGACUCAUCCGAGGGUGGAUUGCUUCUGUGCAGAGUUCCCCAUCAGGAAGGCCGAGAGCCAACUGCAGAGGUAGUUUCUUCAAGGACCGGGGAGAUGCCUCUGCUCUCCCGCCUACCAGUUUCCAGGCUACCUCUUUAGGGACACCUGGAACAGUUACCCAAAGCCCCUUGACCCCAUUCCCUAUGGGCAGUAUAUCAGGGUCAGUCCCUCACACCAGCUGUUGCCUCGUGUCCUAAUGACUUGCACGGGCAGAGUCAGCAGGCCGGUGGACCAUGGGCCAGGUCCCUCCAGGAUGCUACUGCUCUCCUCCGAGAGGUCAGAGGCCCCUCUAAGGUUAUCUCCAGCUGAGGGGACCACCCCAGGCCACAAGCCACCAGAGGCCUUCUGCCACCUCCCAGAGCUGCUGAGAGCCAGGGAGUCUUGAAGAAAAGCACCCUAGACCUGAACCCCAGGUCUUAGGGGCCACUCAGCCUUACCAUCUGUCCCAUCUGGGUUGUCGUGCAUUCCCACUGUCUCAGCACCUGGCCUUCAUGGCCCCCAGCAGGUGUUGCAAGCUCCAAGUCUUGGUUUUCAGUCCCUGUUUCUAAUUCUUGCUUGCCACUGUGCAAGGCUACCUGUCAUUGUCCCUAUAGAAGCCUCCAUACACAGGGCUCAAUGGGGUUGAAAAUGUUACAUGUAAAUAUUGAUUUGGUUUGAUCUUUAGCAUUUUACUUGGUAACUGGUUCUGUUUUCUUUUGGGGGGGGUGGAAGGGUUGGUUUGUAAAUCUCUCUACUCUUUUGAAAUGUAAUUUCUAAGUUUGUUUGUUUCUUCAAAUGCCUUUUAUGUCUUGUAACAUUCCCAAAGCAGAAAACUGUCUGGCCUACAUGGGGUACUCCCCUGGAGGCCCGGGGUCAUGGGAAGGAGCAGCACCCUUCCUCCCAAUCCAUCCUCUUUCUGUUCACCUCCAUUUUUCUCCUCCUUUUCCUUCAGCCCUCUACUUUCUUCCCCCUACCUCUCCCAAUGUCCCAAGGAACCUUGGAGUCCCAGUCCUCUAAUAGAUUGCCUGGCUUGGGCCCACAGGGUUGACACAGAUUGGCUGGGGGCAUGAGGGUGAAUUGCAUGAUUGACGCUAAUCUAUGUCUCACAUCUUCCUGGGGAUAAACCAAAUUAGACCAUCUUGGAGGCAAUGGUGAUGGGUUUUGAAAUGAAAUUCAGAGCCCUUGAGAUCCCCUGACUGAACAAGGCCUCAGAAUCCAUUUCCCUUUGCCCUGUAGCCUUCCUCCCAGUCCUUAGCCCACCAAGGCUUGCUCUCUAGGAGCUCAAAUUGGGCCCUACCUCUUGGCCUCUCCAGGGAUGUUCAUCUACCAGCUGGCCUCCAGGUGACAAAAAUAAGCACUCAAAAAACUUGACCUUCUGGACACCACUAUGCCACUCCUUGGAUCGUUCAUGGAGAGGUCAGUCACUCAGCUUUGCCUCUUGCCCAGAGACCCUUCCCCCUCCUGCCUCUGUCUUGAGUGCUGGGAUUAAAGGCAUGCAUCACAUUGCUCAAGGGCCGCUCUCAAGAGGCUUUUUGACAAGCCAGGGCUUAGCGCUCUCAUUCUGUGAAUGAGAAAAACGACUACAGUUCUAUGUUGGAACCUGGAACCAGGAAGAUAUCUGCCUUCCAGCGGAACUCUUCCUGCUUUCUGUACAACGCACUGGGACGCUGGCUAGGGUCAGGGCAUCCCAGAUUUGCCACUGCCAAACUUGCAACUCUCUGGACCUUUGGGGUUAGCUCUCUGGGAGAUCCAUAUGCACCAGUGACUGGUGUUUACACUCACGGGUCCAACCAUUCACAGCUGAUACAUGGUGAGCCAGUGCUCAUGGUGCUAGGUCCUUGACAAGAGCCCUGAGCACUGAGCUGGGAUACUGGGGACGAGGGUGUCUCAGCCAAACUCAGCUUUGGGUAAAUUGCCACGGAUUUCCAAAGGGCACCAAAACCAGUGUUUCACCUUAGUCACACCUUUUGUGAAAUAACCAAGCUAGAAGUGUUGAGGCUGGUGGCGGCACAGCCCUUUCAUCGCAGCUACUCAGGAGGCUGAAGCAGGAGGAUCAAGUUCAAAGCUGCUUGGGCUAAAGAGUGAGUUCAUGAUCAGCCUGGGCAGUUUUCUGAGGCCUUGUCUCAAAAUGAAGAUUUUAGGAAGUGCUGGGUAGCUCAGUGGUAGAUGCUUGCUUCGCAUGUGUGAGGCCCUGGGUUCUUUCCCUAGUAUCGGAAAACAAAGAAAAUGAGAAAAUCAAAGGGUGAGGACUGGGGACAUGUAUAUUAGUAGUAGAGCACUUGCC